CUCAUAUAUGUUUAUUGUUUGAACUUUGUAAGGAUGGUUUGGCUUCUCGACGAUGUCUACGACACGAAACACCGGGCCUACAUGAUGCGCGAGAAGGAGAUGAAGCUUGAACCUUUGAAGAUUCGGUAUCACGGGGUCUCUGGUCCUGCCAUGCCUUACGAUGAGCGGUACACACCGUACAUCAAGCAGGCAGGACUACUCCCGUGGAUUCAGUUGGUCAGCCGGUCCACGCCGAAUCUGAACGCUCCACUGGUGUCCGCUCUUGCUGAUCGGUGGAGGCCGGAGACGCAUAGUUUCCAUCUUCGGACUGGGGAGAUGACCGUGACGCUCGAGGAUGUCUCGUUGAUCACCGUUCUUGCUAUCGACGGGAUGCCUCUCUGUAUGAGCACCAAUUCUGAUGGGUGGCGCGAGCAGAUGAUUGCUCUUAUCGGUAUGGCUCCUACCGAGGCUGAUGUAGAGGAGGGAGAAGAGAAGAAGAAGAAGGAAAAGAAAGCAGCCGGAGCUGCUUUCACGUGGAUUCAAACUCACUUUGCGACGUGCCCUCCGUAUGCCACUGAUGAUGUGAUCCAGACACAUGCUCGUGUCUACAUGUGGUAUGUUGUGUCGAGGACUUUGUUUCCUGACUCCACUGGCAAGAAUGCUCCAUGGAUGUGGCUGAAGGCGUUGACCGUCUUCGAUAGCAAAUGGAGCUGGGGUUCAGCGACUCUUGCCUACUUGUACCGACAGCUGGACGAUGCGUGUUGCAGGAUCACAGGUAGUGCAGGCAUUGGUGGUAAUAUGCUUCUACUUUCUGUAUGGAGCUGGGAGCGUCUGCCUGUUGGACGCCCGAAGAGCGUCAGGUUUAAUCCUUGGUAUGAAGAUGAAGAUGACGAAUUACGGCACCCCACUUGGGCUUACAAGUGGGAUGUGGCUAAAGCCCCAGCACCGCCGGCCAAUGCCGAGGAGGACCUUUCCUCCUGA